AAUACAGGAGACAUAUCAUUACCAUAUGAUCUACUGUGGGUGUCAGCUUGGAUUCUGUUCAUUGAGGAAAACCUUACUUUUUUAACUGUGCUAUGGAAUAGAAGACGCAGGAGGGUUUUCCACCAAGUGACAGUCAACUGAGCAGUAAUCUACCCCUCCUCCUUUCCACACCUGCACCUUCUUCUGCCUGGCUUGAAUAUUUCAGUUUAAUUGCAUCUCAGCUCUGAGGGCGCCUUUUGCAAAUCCCUGGAUUAAAAGAUUCACAGCUGCCACCUUGAAUAGAUGAACUAAACCAUGAAGGUAGCUGUUUUCUUCCUUCUACUCCUGCCACUUUGCUCGGCUAAGCCAUUCCACCAAAAAGGCUUGUUUGAUUUUAUGCUUGAAGAUGAAGCAGGUUCUGGAACAACGGAUGCUCCAGAUACUUAUCCUCCACUGCAAGGCCCAGCAGUAUGUCCAUUCCGCUGCCAGUGCCAUCUUCGAGUUGUGCAGUGCUCCGAUUUAGGUCUGGAUCAAGUUCCAAAGGAUCUCCCCCCAGAUACGACUCUACUGGACCUACAGAACAAUAGAAUCACUGAAAUAAGAGAUGGAGAUUUCAAGAACUUGAAGGAUCUUCAUGCAUUGAUCCUUGUUAACAACAAAAUCAGCAAAAUCAGCCCGGGAGCUUUUGCUCCACUCAAGAAACUGGAGAGACUUUACCUUUCCAAAAACAAUUUGAAGGAACUUCCAGAAAACAUGCCUAAAAGUUUGCAGGAGCUACGAGCACAUGAAAAUGAAAUAAACAAACUAAGGAAAGCCGUCUUCAAUGGACUAAGUAAUAUGAUUGUUGUAGAACUAGGUACCAAUCCAUUAAAAAGCUCAGGUGUAGAAAAUGGAUGCUUUCAAGGGAUGAAGAGACUUUCUUACAUCCGUAUUUCAGAUACCAAUAUAACAACGGUCCCUAAAGGUCUUCCCACAUCUCUGACAGAACUUCACCUUGAUGGCAACAAAAUCAACAAAGUUGAUGCAGACAGUCUAAAAGGACUCACCAAUUUGGCUAAGCUUGGUCUCAGUUUCAAUAACAUUGCUAACCUGGAUAAUGGCUCUCUAGCUAACGUGCCACAUUUGAGAGAAUUACAUUUAGACCACAAUGAUCUUGCCAAAGUACCUCCUGGGCUUGGAGAACACAAAUAUGUACAGGUGGUCUACCUUCACAACAAUAAAAUUGCUGCCGUUGGUCCCAAUGAUUUUUGUCCUCCUGGAUACAACACCAAAAAGGCUGCUUAUUCAGGAGUGAGUCUGUUUAGCAACCCUGUGCAGUACUGGGAAAUCCAACCAUCCUCCUUCCGCUGUAUCUAUGAACGAUCUGUAAUACAACUUGGAAAUUACAAAUAAAUGCACAAAUGCAUUUCUACUAGAAAUACCUAUUGCCUGUUAAAAUGUUUGCUAACAUUAAAGCCAAAUACUGGAAACUUACCUGCAGAGUGGAUAUCAUUAUGUAUGUAAAAAAAGCAAAAACCUAAUAGAUCAUUCCAAGACAAAAUUGCUGAAUUUACUAUGUUUUACUUCCUUGCCAGCAUGUGGUAUAUUUCUGUGGUAUCUAUUGAUUAGCUGAGCGCAACAGAUUUCAGUAUUCCACUGUGCAUGAGAUUUGGGGUAAAUAUUUGUCAUGCUUUUCACAAUUAGAAAUUAUAUAGAUGGUGGUAUUUACAGCAACACAAAGGAAUUACUUGGAGGAAAAGGAAAUGAAACUUCCAAUAUAUAUAUUAUUCUUGGUGUGGGGCAGGAAUAGUCAACCGAAGACUCAACCAAAUUCCAUAGGAAUACAGCCUGAAUGUAGGUGUGCUUACAUAACAUAAGCAAUAUUAAAAAUGUUGCUUUUGUUAGCAUUCUUGGUUAAAAUACUCUCUUAAUAUAUUCAAAUUUUCAUUUAUAAAUAUCCUAAAUAUAAUUCUAUGCAAGAUUAGGAAACAUCUGCUGCACAAAAUACAUGAUUAUUGUAUCCCUGGAUGCUGCUAUUUCUGGACUACAACAGCUAACUUCUAGAGGAGCAAUUUGUUUCUCCUUGCUCUCAUUACCACUUCCCUGUGUCAUAAUCCACCAAACAAUAUACCCAUAUGAUUCCCAUUCAUCUGAGCAACUGCAGUAACCCACUCAAGGGGAUGUACACAGUGAAUCUGCAGGCAUGUGUAAAUUUAAGUAGGCAUAAGCCCACAUUAAUUCAUUGCUCUUAAAUACAACAAUGCACUUUCAUCUUUUCACUGCAUUUGAGUUUCAAAUAAAAUAGAAUGAAGGGAGAUGUGCAGACUUCCUUUCCAGCAGUAUCUAGAAUUACAUCUGAUAAUAUGUAACUGGCCAGAACUUGAUGAGCAGAUUUAGAAGUCAUCUGAAACCAAACCUUCUACAUUCAUCUUUAUAACUGGCUUCAGUUAGUGGCGAGCAUACCAAAAUAAGGAUGUAUAUUUCUGGGAUCACUGUCUUCAAAGUUAACUAUACAUCUUUCCACAUGUCAAAUAAAAGUUUGGAUACCUCUUAAUUGUCUAAAAUACAAUAUUUUCAAUGUAUGUAUGUUUUUAUAUUAAACAGUACUGGCAAACUCCAAAA